AUGAUCGCGAACCUCGUGCUCCUAGCCCUGCCGCUCGUGAUCGGCUACCUUGCCACGACAAUAUGGCACCGUCGAUUCAAACAGUACGCCGCUUUCCCCCAGCUGAAGCCGUCCCUGCUCUGGGGCCACAUGAAAGCCAUCCAUGAGUUCACGCUCAGAGAGCGCCCGAAAAUUCAUUUUGAUCCCAUAUUCGCCAGCAUGGCAAAGGAGCUGGGCAACCCGCCGCUCAUGUUUUUUGAUCUGCGUCCUGUCAAUUACCCCAUGGUCAUUGUGAAUAGCCAUCAGGUGGCCGAACAAAUCUCAAGAGCCAGCAAGCAGUUUGCAUGGAGCACGCCCAAGUCCCCCACCAUGGACGCUCUGCUGCGCGGAGAGGAUUGGAAGCAGGUUCGUAAGCGGUUCAACCCUGGGUUCGCCCCCCAGCACCUCAUGUCGCUUUUGCCCUGUAUCCUGGACAAGACGGAGAUCUUUGUGGACCACCUUAACCGCUAUGCCGAUUCGAACGAAGAAUUCCCACUCCUCGAGUUCACCAUCAACCUCACGUUCGACAUUAUUGGUGCCAUCACCAUGGGUGUGGACUUCGACGCGCAGCAUUCCGAGUCGUCCGAGCAAGGGGAAUUCAUUCAGAUAUAUGACAGGCUUAUCCGGUUGUACGGCUUGGGCGAUGGCCAGUUGCCCUGGUGGAUGUACCCCCGCCGGGAGUGGCGCAAGUACGUUCUGAGCAAGCAGAUUGAUCAGCUCCUCGAGUCCAUAAUCCAGGACAAGCACGCCGAGCAUCAGAACCAGCAGGUCCAACAGACUGGCAAGAACAAACCCCGCGAUGUUCUCAGCCUGAGCCUACAGGGCAACACCGAGCUGAGCAAGGGGCUACUAUCGGAUACGCGCGACCAGAUCAAGACGUUCCUUUUUGCGGGCCACGAUACCACGGGCAUCUUGCUAGCCUGGACCUUUUAUGAGCUGUCCCGCUCUCCCCACGUGCUUAAAGGGGUUCGCGACGAGCUUGACCGUCUUUUAGGGCCGGACUCGGACCCAGCGGCCGUGCGGGCGAAACUGACGGGGCCCGGCGCGGACGAGUUGGUUAACUCGAUGGUCUACACGACAGCCGUGAUCAAGGAAGUGCUCCGGGUUUACCCGCCCGCGGGCACGGCGCGGAUGGCUCGCCCUGGCACCGGGUUCAACGUGCAGACGUCCGACGGACAGACGUUUUGCCUCGACGGCGUCAUCAUCUACAACUGUGCGACUAUCAUCCAGCGGGACCGCACCGUAUAUGGGGACACGGCGGACGACUUUGUCCCAGAGCGUUGGCUGGGUGACAGUUCGGGGAUCAUGAGCGCAGGCGCGGAGGAAGAUGCGGAGAAGAGAAACGCAGCCGGCCGCAAGAUUCCGCCCGGAGCGUGGCGCGCUUUCGAGCGGGGGCCGCGCAACUGCAUCGGGCAGGAUCUGGCGACCAUCGAGGCCCGGGUCAUCGUGGCGGUCGUGGCGCGGCGGUACGAUUUCGUCAAGGUUGGGCUCGGUGAGCUUGAUCUAGAUGGAAAGGGACAGCCGACGCUCAACGAUAAGGGACAGUACCGGGUCAAGUCAGAGAUGUACAACACUACGCAGGUGACGGCCAAGCCAGUGGAUGCGAUGAGAAUGAGGGUGAGGAGACCAACGUUAAUUACACGAGGGACAAACAAACAAAAUAUUAUACUAAGUGGUUGGCCGGCGACGUGA